ACCAGUGUGCAAAAGCCCAAAAAAAAAAGUGUUGUUCACCUCAGGUUUGGAGCUGUUUUACAGAAAAAUCACAUAAGGGAAAAGCAACAAAAACCACAAGAGGUGGUCACAAGGUAGGAGACAUGGGGGUCCAGGACCCGGGAGGGGGCAUUCCCCUCGGGAAUUAUUACGAGCUUUUGGAGGGGCAAAUUGAGCCCAAAAGAAAAAUGGGAAAAAAUAUUAAAAGGCUAGCUAUUGGGAACGAGAGUUCGGAAGAAGAGAUCUUUUUAGUAAUGGAGGCAAUUAAUUCAAACAGAGAUUUGAAUAAAGUGAACCCAUUUUUGGUAUAAAAAAAAUAGAAAAUGCAAUUGGCACUAAAGCCCUUAAAGUAUCUCGGCUGAGAGAGGGCAAGUUACUAAUUAAAGUAGCCAACAAGAAACAGGCAAACAAACUAAAAGAACUAAAAAAACUAACGGACGGUCGAGGCGAGGUGAAUGUGCUAACAAAAGAACAUCCAACCCUCAAUACAAGCAAAGGAGUAAUCCGAUGCCCCGACAUAGAAUUUAUGACCGAGGAUGAAAUAAUGGAGGGACUGAGCGAGCAACGUGUCGUAGAGGUCAAUAUCCUCAAAAGAAAAAUAGAUAACGAAUUGAAAAACACACGAACGGCAAUCAUCACAUUCAACUCAGGCAAAAUACCUCGCAUGGUGGACUUUGGACUGUACCCUGUAAAGGUUGAACUGUACAUCCCUCGGCCAAUGAGGUGCAUAACUUGUAUGAGACUAGGACACACAAAAAAAUGGUGCAAGAACGAGAAAACAUGCGCUAAUUGCAGCUUACCGGUUCAUGAAACUUCUUGCAAGGAAACAAAAUGCGUGUCAUGCGGGGAGGCCCACAACACGCUGGACAAAAACUGUCCUGUUUUCUUGGACGAAGUUGAAAUAAAUAAAAUAAAGACAGAGAACAGAAUUACGUACGGAGAAGCCAAACGCAUACGGAGACGUCAAUGCCCUACCAUCCCAAAAAAUUACACAACCGAACACUCAUACGCACAAAAGACCAAAACAAAGACAAAUGCUCCAUCACCAAAACCAUCCACUAGCAGAAACAGCGAUACCAAAACUUCAGAAAACAAUCAAAACACAAACACAGAAAUAAAUAACCUACCUACAGAAAAAACACAUCACUAACACCCUCACUACUCCACAGAACAAUAUAAAUACAAAUACCACUAAAGUCACAGAAAUCAUUUACGAUCUGGAUGCCCUAUCCGAUACCUCUAUCGGAUCAAAGGACUCCAUUUACAUUGAAGAGAUUAACAAUACUUCUACGACCAACAAAUGCACAAAAACAACCGACACCAAAAUAACAGACACAGACAUGCAUGUACCAAAUUCAGAUAACGAAAAAUUCGAAAUUUUCAACUAGAAAGUUUCAUAUACCAAAAAAAAAAAAAUAAUAAUUCAAAUCCUCUACAUCUAACAAUAUAAUGAAAGGCUUUCAAUAUAUUACAAGCCAAUAUACAAGGAUGUAAGAAUAAUAAAGACGAGAUAAGAGAAUUACUCCUCAAAGAAAAAAUAGAUGUAGCAUGCCUACAAGAAACGUGGUUGAACACCAACACAUUCAACUCAAUAAAGAUACCUCAAUUUCACGCCAUUGCUCAAAACAGAGAGGACGGGUAUGGAGGAAGCCUAGUGCUUAUUCGCAACACACUCAACUACGAACAAAUUGACAUCAUCGAUCCUAACCCAUACAUACAAGUUGCGGCAAUAAAAAUCAAACGUUCGGGUUUAGUCAUCGCUUCGAUAUACGUGAAACCGAAUACACCUGCUCAGCAGUUCAAUUCGCUAUGUAAUAGAAUUUUUUCUAGACUAAAAAAAAGCAACCGAACAAUUAUAGUAGGCGACUUUAACGCACACAGCACAGAAUGGGGUAAUCAUUACUCAAAUGGCAAAGGAAAGUCACUUCUAGACACAAUCAUAAAAUCUAACAUGAAAAUUAUACAUAAUAAGGAAUACACCUUCAUUAAUCCGGACCCCGAUAAACGAAAUUUGGCCAUUGAUCUCACAAUAACAUCGAGACAUCUUUCAACGGUUACACAGAGAAAGGUUACCGACAUGCAUGUAGGUAACAGUGGUCAUCGGGUAAUAAUAUCCUCGCUAGAUGAGACUCCAUCUCCCCCAAACCAAAGAGUAAUUUAUAAUAACAAAAAAAUAGAUAGUCUAGUAAGAGUUUUACCAUUUAAACAAAACACCAGCAUCGACACUAUAACUACUGACAUCAACAAAAUUAUCAAGAACAACAUGUCCAAAUCCACGUUCAUCCCCAAAUCAUGGUGGACAGACGACGUUCGGGAGGCAUGGAUCAAUAAAAAUGAAGCUAGGAAACUUUACAAUAACAAUCAAACUAUAGAUAACCACAUAGAAUAUAAGAGAAAGCUGGCAAAAUUUCGGUUCCUAAUGAAAAGAGGUAAAGCAAGCAGCAUCGAAAAAAAAAAUAAAAGAGGUGGACUCUCAAACAUCAUCUGAACAAUCAUAAACAUCAACUGAAAAACUCUGGAGGCUAAUGGGGACCAUUCAGGGAAAGCCACCAAAAUCAAACAUAAUUGCCAAAGACACCGAAAAAGCCAAAGAAUUUUUAAAAAUAAACUUCAAUAGCAACGAUAAUAAAAUAAGAUCCCCUUCUCCAAGAUUCAUAAGUGAUGUAAAUAUCUUAGACGAGCAGAAAUGGGAUAGAAUCAUAAGAUCUAAACGAAACUCUUCCCCUGGUGUAGACAAAAUAAGUUACAACAUACUAAAGCUACUGAACAGAGAUAACAUACAUGCAAUAAUAAAAGACAUUAACACAAUGUACAAAACGGGAAAAAUAGAUAAAAAGCUAAGAAGAAUCAAAAUUGUUGCUAUCAAUAAGCCAGGAAAAGAUGCUAACAAUGUGGCAAAUUAUAGACCAAUUGCCUUGUUGCCAACUAUAACAAAGGUCACAAAUACAGCUAUACUAGAAAAUAUUCAGCUCAUAACGGAAAAAUACCAACUUCUACCUUCAACCUCAUUUGGCUUCCGGAAAAAUCGAGCAACAACAUCAGCAGUCGAUUUUCUGACUAAUAAUUAAAAAAAAAAAAUAACCGGAAUAACAAAUACACUGCCGUCAUUUUUAUUGAUGUACAAAAUGCGUAUAACAGUGUAGAUGUAAAUAUUUUAGCUGAAACUAUGACAAGAAAUAUGAUAUCUCCCGAAGAUAUCAGAUGGGUAAAAAACUUCUUGAUCAACCGAUGGGUUGAAAUAGAUUCAGAUGGCCAAACAAUUAGAAGAAGGAUAUCCAACGGUCUCCCACAAGGUGAUGUGUUAUCUCCUUUAUUAUUUAACCUAUACACCAGCGACUGCCAUGCUUUAAAUGCAAAUAAAAUCAAGCUAAUACAGUAUGCAGACGAUUUUGCAUUGAUAGAAAACGGAAUUUCCCUACAACAACUAAAAACCAAAGUACAACGGUCCCUGAACCAAUUAGCUAACAUGCUUGCAACACUAAAACUGAAUAUCAACAUAGAAAAAACCAAAGUAAUGACGUUCACGAAAGAUAAUAAUUAUAUUAAAAUGAAAAUGAACGGAGUCCCGAUCGAGAGGGUCAAAUCACACCGCUUUCUGGGAAUAGAAAUAGAUGACAAAUUGAAAUUGCACUCCCACAUAAAAAAUCAAAUAAUAAAAGCGAAGAAGAAAAUAAAUUUCAUUCAAAUAGUCUGCAACAAUAAAAACAAUAUAUACCCUGGUAAAACCAUACAACUUCACCAAUCUCUACUGAGAGGCACUUUAGAGUACGGGAUAUCUCUCAGCAAAAAUGCCAACAAGAACGUAUUAAAUUCCCUUAAUCCCAUACUAAACCAAACCUUACGUAAAGUAACAGGCUGCUGUAAAACCACUCCCAUCAACACACUCCUCGCAAUUUCAGCAGAAAUACCGUUCAAUAUAAGAAGCUCAUUACUAGUAGAAAAACAACUCGCAAAAGCAAUAGCCCAUUCACUUUUUAAUCCCCAAUACCUCAACAUCCAUAGAAACACACCCCCUCGUAAAUUAUCAGCUCAAGAACAAACAUAUAUAGCCAACAAAAGUAUAUACGAUAACAUAGCCCGACAUGAGUUCAAUCACUCCAAAAAUAGUCACUUCCUCACCAAUAUCAACACCUCCAUCCCUGAUAUAGACAAAAGCAAAAACAACUACAACAUAACUGUUCUAAGACAAAAAAGCUUAGAAAUCAUAAAUAAUCAACCAGGAGUAAAAAUAUACACUGAUGGAAGCAUAAUAGAUGAUAAAUGUGGCAUCGGAGUUUACAUAAUGAUGACCAACAAAGAAAUCAAAUUAUCAGAAGGACUCUACCAUCCGACUUCCAUUUGCACAACUGAACUAUAUGCCAUAGACCUUGCUUUAGAAACCGCCAGCAAAGAAAACAUAAAAAAUUGUACCUUAUAUACAGACAGUCUAGCAGCAUGCUACAUACUGCUGGCAGCGCAGCAAGAAAUUGACGAACUAAUCAGCAAAAUCUUGCACAAUUGUGAAAGAACACAAUGCCAUAUUCAAUGGAUCCCCAGCCAUGUGGGUAUCCCGGGGAAUGAAAUUGCAGAUAGGCUAGCAAGAAUGGGUACCACAAUUCAAACAAUACAAAACAAACUAAGAUUAUCAGAUGCCAUAACCCUCUUCACUAACAGAGCUAGGACGGAAGCCAACACUUGGUAUUCCCAAACAUGCCUUACUAAAGGAAAGAAAUUCGCAAAAUAUCAGAAAUCGAUUCCCAAAAAAAUGUGGCACCAUAACCUGAAACUCCCCCCAAAAGAAAUCAAAAUAAUCAAUAGGCUAAUCGCUGGUCAUGAUUAUGGAAAUUACUGGCUUCAUAAGAUGAAAUUAGUCGACCAUGGAACAUGUUCGAUUUGCAACAAAGAUGAUACAGGAUCACAUAGAGUGUUUGACUGCCAGAAAUAUGAGAUAGAGAGAAACAGACAAGAAAAACUCAAUGAAGAAAACUUCAUAAAGGCAUGGAAAACCAAAAACAUUAAAAUUUUGAAAAUAGUCACAGAAUUCAUCAAAGACAAUAAGAUAACGUUCUAAAAUAACGUUUUUUUUCAAACAAUCAAAUAUGAACUACCUUAGAAUCCUACCCGAACUCAUAAACGCAACAACUCAUAAACAGAGCAACAGUCAGAAAAAACAACACAAGGUUCUCAAAAAGGAACACAGAGACAAAAAUAACGAAUCGAUAUAACAAAUCAAACGACAAAAAGGAAAAAAAAGAAAGGAAGGACAUAUAGCCUCAGUAGCUGGUCCUAAACUAAAGAGGUUCGCAGUUAAACGCAACCACGGACUAGUAGCGGAGGGCCCAGGAAGCUGGACUCCGUAUACCGAACCGGGGUAUAACCUCAAAAAGAGAAGAAGAAGAAGAAGGACAACCGCCCGUAAAGAUUGUGUGCAGAAGAAUCGUAAAAUUUUAUGUGAAAACUCGGGAAAAGGAAAAACAUCAUUUCAUCCCGAAAUUUGGCAACAUUCGUCCGAGUAUGAUCGAGCAGCUGUGUGUGUGUAUGCCGACGAAAUACGACACUUUUACUUUACUUUUUCACUUUACUUUUUCAUGAAAUCACAAUGAGUUGUAAAAAUAAUGCAGAUUUAAUGAUA